CAAUAAUGGAAGGAACUAAUUUUUAAUUUUGACUGUCUUGUUUUGACGUGGUUUUGACAGAGGAAUAAAUGUCAAGUAUUUGAAUAUUUUAAAUUUUUAAAAUAUAAUAAUGUACUUGAAAAUAAUUCAAUUAAGUUUAUUAAUAACCGGGAUUUUUAGUAAAUUAGCUUAUGCUUCGGCUGGGGAUCAUUCCCCUUAUUAUCAGAGAUGCGUGGAGAGGUGUGACUUGAUAAAUUGUACAGAAGAUGGAAAGGAAUUUAAAGAAGAUCGUCAACCGCUUAUUCUUAAGGUUACUUUGUGGAACUGCAAUCAUGAAUGUAAAUAUGAGUGUAUGUGGAGAACUGUAGAAGCGUUUCAUGAUCGUAAUUGGAGAACUCCACAAUUUUAUGGAAAAUGGCCUUUUAUCAGAUUAUUUGGUAUGCAAGAACCAGCAUCAGUUAUUUUUUCUUUAUUAAAUGCCUACGUACAUAUCAAAAUGAUGAGAAAAUUUAGAGAAAAAGUGAGACCUAAUAGUCCCUUGGUUUGGCUAUGGAAUGUAUUUUUUAUUGUUUCUGUACAUGCGUGGUUUUGGUCAGCAGUAUUUCAUUACAGAGAUUUUCUGUUUACAGAAAUUUUAGACUAUACCUGUGCAUUUUCACUAAUUCUUAUGAACUGCUAUCUAAUGAGCAUAAGACUGCUACAUGAAAAGGUAUCAAAAUACAUAUUAACUGGAAUUACAAUAGUUUUUCUACUAUUUUUAAUGAGUCAUGUAGCUUAUUUAAGUACGGGAAAAAUUGAUUAUGGAUAUAAUAUGGAAUUAAAUAUUUCUGUUGCAACUUUUUCUGCAUUAUGCUGGUUUGCUUGGUGUUUUUACAACAGAAAGAGACAAAAAUAUGUGUGGAAAUGUGCUAUAUAUCUGGCAUUAUCUGGAAUGACAUUGUUAUUGGAAUUACUUGACAGGCCUCCAUAUUUUUACACCUUUGACUAUCACUCCCUUUGGCAUCUAUCUACAGCUCCUCUCAUCAUAUUUGUAUACAGUUUUGCUAUAGAUGACUGCAAAUACCUCAGACAAAAGAAAAUAGAUGCAGAUGCAAAGAAAAUGCCUUGAGAACGAGAAAACAUCAAAUUUAAGAAAAUUAGACUAAGAAAGGGGUUUAAUACCAUCAAAAUUAAUAAAGGAAUAUCAUUUUAUCGAUAAAAAUAAUUAUUUGAAUUUUUUUCUAGUCCUGUAUAUAUGUAUAUAAAAGUGCAAUACUAUAAGUAAUAUUAUUAUGGACUCUCCAAAUCCUAAGAGUUCAAAAAAUGAAAGAAAAAAAAAUGUAUGUAGUUUGUGUCAUUCUUUUUUAAAUUCUUUACUCACCAACAGAGUAUUCAACUGCUCAAAUAGCCAUCAGCAUAAAUGAAAAUAAAUACUGUGGUACAGAUUUUGAGUAUUUAUUUUCAUUUCUUUUAUAUUUAUUAGGAUUUUUUAAAUAGUACAACGAAGACAAAUAUUGUCCAAAAUAAUUCAAAUUUUUCUAUAAAUUAUAAAUGUCAGCAAGUAAUGUAACGCAUGUUUUAUAGAAAGGUUUUCCUACUAAGCUAUUAUAAUCUGCCAGGGGUUUGAUAUUCCUCAAUAUAUUCUAUAUUGAUUUGAAUUAUAAAUUUUUGUUAGUGUUGUGACAAUCUGUAUUUUCUGUUCAAUGAUUAUUUAGUAUAACAAUUUUAUCAAUUACAAUUGAAUACAUUUAUAAUUAAUUUAUCCAAAAUAAAUUGAAUGAUAUUGUUCGUUUAUUAUAUUUUCGACUGAAUGAAAACCAGCUAGUAUUUAAAAGAUACAUUUAAUUUAAAAAAAAUAUCAUGCCAUUUGUAAGUUUUUCUUUUUAUACCAUUAUAUUGAUAAAUAUAAAACUUGUGAUUAUAUGGAAUUUUAUUUAUACCGUUCAUAUAUCUAUUGCAUUCAGAGGUUUUCUCGCCUUCGAGAAAAUUUUACUCAAGACUCCUUUGGUACUUGGAAUACAAACGAGCGCCAGAUUAUUUAAUGUGGUUUACUUCACAACCUUUCGAUGCGGCGUCAAAAGGACACAGGUAACACCAGAUGGAGAUUCGAAAUAUUGCAGGGGUCCAAAUGUUCUUGUCUUAGACUAAAAAAUUGAAUCGUUUAUUUUAGAAACAACCUAACUUUUAAAGAAAUUUCAG